ACAAAUCAAAAAUUAAUGAUAAUCCAAGUUUUAAGCACUUCAUGCAAAGACACACCACAACCAAAGGCAUAAUAAUAAUUUCAUGAAGUAAUUCAUUCAUUCUUCAUUGCAUCAUCAUGAACUUCUCAACUCUCUUUCUACUUUCCCUUCUUCUUCUAAUCUCCCUAAAUUCCCAUUUUACCCUCGCCGGAAAACGCAAGGUCCACAUCACCGACGAAUUGGACGACGUGUUCGACGAUGAGGAGGAUGAUGAUUGGAAGGAAUGGGGCAAGAAACCUUCACCCUCUUUCGCUCCCGCUGAUUUAACCAAGAUGGAUGAAUCGAAGAUCAAAGAGGAGAUGAUGAAACGCCACACUGGACCUGUUAUCGGAUUCGUUAAGCUCCGAUUUGGUGUUCGCCGGACUCCGGACAGCGUAGCUGAACUUGCCAUGAAAUGGACACACGUUCUUAGAACCGGAGCUGUUGGAGUAAGGUUUACAGGUGUUGAUCUGAAUACAAUCAUGUUCAAUAUGGACAGCAUUAAGGACUUGGAGGAGUUAAAGGAAUUUGUCUUCGACCAAUCAGAGGCAUACGAGAUUAAAAUGGGGGAGCAACUUUUUCAAAGACCCGGAGAUCCAUCCCUAGAUGAACUCAUUCAGAAGCAUAAUAGUGAGAAAGACAAAGCAGAUAACGCUAGUCAAGAGGAAGUUGAUGGAAAUUCAAAAACAGAAUUGUAGUUAAACGGUACAGGUAUAUUCCUCCAGACGUUGAGAUAAAGCAAUUGUAUCACUUUUUUUAAAUGGAUUUCUCCCACUGUUAUUAUUUUUAGUUACAAUGUACAACUCUUUCUUCCCUUUUAAUUAAGGUGAUAAACUGCAUUGAAAUGCUAGUGAAGAAGUAAUCGAAAUCAACCCUUGCUGCAUUGGCAAGACUAAGAGAAUACACUUCUACCUGGGAGAUUAUUUUUGGGAAAAACUUGAAAUUUUUGUAAUUUGUGUUGUUGAUUACAUCCAAAUUAUCAUUGCCAAAAGUUAAUAAUAGACAGGUGAUGGAAAUAUUAUUUA